AUGGAUUACGAAGCCCGUCUUCCAAAGCAACCUAAGACAGAACUGGUGCUUAAUGUCUUUGUUCACAUUUCAGGUCGGAACAAGACUCAAAAGCCUCUGCAGCUCAUAGUUGGCACUCUCACCCCAACCUCUGUGUUCCUUUCUUGGGGCAUCCUAGUCAACCCUCACCGUGACUGGACAGCAACAAGUAACUGCGCUAGUGACAGGUUCUAUACAGUUCGCUACAGAGAAAAGGGUAAAGACAAGAAAUGGGUUUUUCAGCUUUGCCCAGUUACAGAGACAGUGGUGGAGAAUCUGAAGCCAAACACACUUUAUGAAUUUGGAGUUAAAGACAAUGUAGAGGAUGGUAUUUGGAGCAAGACUUUCAAUCAUAAGACAGUUCUGUCGAAUAAAGUAAAUGGACAGCUCCAGAAUAUGUACAAGUUGGUACCCAAUUCCCAAACACAGCUUACACUGCGUGAUAAUAAGAAGUUGGUCCCUGUCACAAUAAUCAAACAAGUUAUUCAAAAUCGGACGCAGUCAAAAACUUCAGAUAGUUCUUCUCUGCCAGGAGCAAUAUUAGUGCACCUUAUUGUUCCAGGUCUCAAUGAAUCUCAGCAGAAACUUCCUCCUCUUCUGACAAUAGAUGGUACACCUCAAGCAUCCAGGAAAAAGAUAGCUAAGAAUGAAACUCAAGUAUGGCCUGCUGAAUCCAAAACACCAGAAGUUCAAGAAAUCUCCCCACAGUCCCUCCCAGCUCAGGCUGAGAAAAAACAUGGACCUGAGGAAUUUAGAUCAACGCCUAAACCCGAAUUGGUGCAAGCUCAAAACAUACUGGCUUCUAAUGAAAUACAGCCACUUCCUUCUGGAUCCAGAAUCUCUGAUGCUCCAAAAAGUCCAUUGACAGAACUUG